GGUGGAGCUGGGGCACCUGCGGCGGAACGGAUUAUUUCUUGAAUAGCCUGAAUCUAGAUUUUUGUGUACAUCUUUAAAAUCCGUGGAAAUGUCCAACAGUAAUCUCAGGGAACUCGAUGAGGAUCCGUUCUUCUUGUCGGAUAAUUUCCGGGCUCACAGGGAACAUAUGCGGCAGAUGAUGCGUAGCUUCUCUGAGCCAUUCGGCGGGCCCUUUAUGUCCAGUAUAAUGGAUGGGAGAGGCCGUGGUUGUGACAGAGCAGAACACCCUACCUCAUCCUUGGCGCUGAGGGAUGGACACAGGGAUAUGAGCCGGUCAUUGUUGCCCUUUGGCAGUAUUGAUAACACGGACAUGAUGAGGAACCCUUUCGGCAUGUUUGACAACAUGAUGGCCAGCAUGAGAAACAGUAUGGAGGAGAUGCACAGAAACUUUGAAAACAUGUCUGCAGAUCCAAACACCCACUCAUUCAGCUCCUCAUCCGUCAUGACAUAUUCAAAGGUUGGAAAUGAGCCUCCGAAGGUCUUCCAGGCGAGCUCAUCGACACGUCGUGCCCCUGGAGGGAUCAAGGAGACCCGGCGAGCACUGAAAGACUCUGAGAGUGGUAUGGAGAAGAUGGCCAUUGGUCACCACAUCCAGGACAGGGGACAUGUUGUUGAGAAGAAAUACAACAAGAAAACGGGAGAGAAGGAGCUCAGCCAGGACUUCCAGAAUAUGGAUGAAUCUGAAGCACAGUCAUUUGACUUUGAGUGGCAGCAGAAGGUGUCCAGCUUUCAUUCGUCUGGCCCCAUGUCUCGCCUGGAGGAACCCCGACACCGUGGUGUUCACAGGGCAGCCCUCACCAGCUCUGAGCAGGCCGUCAGGGACCAAUCAAAGAGAAACGCUGAGGGUGAAAGCAAAGUCAAAGGCUCAGGCUCAACAAAGCAAUAAAAACAUGUUUGUGUGCUUAUUAAAAGUCAUGCGUACAUUUUAUUACACGUAGACAGUACUUACACAUGAACAACCAGUGAGCAAUUACUUCUUAUGAUUUUGCAUCAGAUGAAUGGAAUUUGCUCUAUGUAAGGUAUUCUGUUGACAUUGACAUCAUCUGUUUCUCACAUUGUCAUUUUCACAAAAUGUUGACUUAUUGACCGUUUGAAAUCCACCAAUGCACUUCGAAAUGUCAAAAUUGUCAUUUUGUAAUUAUGUUGUCUAGUACUGAUGCUCUAGAUAUAUGUAUUUUAUUUGCUGUAAUCUUUGUAAAAAGAAAAAAAUAGUACUCUUCCCUUUUUAUAUGUUACUUUUGGUUUCUCUUGUUUUUCAUUGGAUAAACUCCGCUGCGUAGCACAGCAUGUUGACGACAUCUGGAUUAUUCUCAAUAAUUCUGGCUUUGUUCUUGUAUAUUUUUUCAAGCUUUAGAAAUAGGUUCUGUACCAACACAGACUGUUGUCUGGAAAUGAAAAUGUAAAAAUAUGAACAUUGACCUGGUGUUUUCUGUUUUUAUCAGCCUCUGUUUGUAUGUGACUGUAGGCCUGCAGAGGGUCUUUGAGAGUGUGAGUGAGCGUGUAUUGUGAUGAAUCUCUCGUUUGGUAGUGACCCAGGCUAGUAUUUUUGGAUCUAAGCACUUGUCAGCGGCUCAGAUUGUUCUGAGAUGUAACACAGCUGCAAGCCCACCAGGCUCCCCUCUCACGUGCUUGUCUAUCCGACUUCAUUAAUCCCUCAGCGUCAACAUACAGAUAGCAAGGAAUGGAGAAGCUUCUGACCAACAUAUACCGCAGCUCAACAAGGAUCCUCGUGUCAGCUCAUUGCCUUAGUCAUGUUUAUGUAACGUGGCAGAUGUGCCAUUCAAGAGAACUUUAUGGGGAGUUGAAAAAAAUGUACUUGUCAUGGAGGCCAGGAGGGCGCAAACAUCCCCCAACUCUGCCAAUCACAGGUAAGCUAUCUCACACAAAUCACUGUCAUAGGUAGGUGAGAUGACUUAACAGCUUAUAAAAUGUUCACUGACUUCCUGGAAAUCAGUUAACCCGCUAUAUCAACACUGCCUCUUUCACAGGAUAAAGAGAUCAGCUAUUACUCA